AUGACACUUGGAAUUUGCGAAGGAAUUUGGCUUCAAAGAAUGUUAACUGAGUUGGAGUUAUGUGCCAAUAAAUGGUUUGAACUUCAAAGUGACAGUAAAUCUGCAAUAAGCCUAUCCCCAGGAAAAGGUUGGUGUUUUGUUAGGCUUGGUAAAGGUGGGCCUCUUACUGUGGUUGAAUACAGUGAACUAGAUUCGUCACUGGCUUCUGCCAUCAACCAGCAAACUGGACGCCUUCGUUUUUGCUGGAGUAAUGUGUGCUUACACAUGUUCAUUUUGGACUUUCUCAGCCAAGUGGCAGAUGGCCUUGAGAAAGACAGCAUUUACCAUGUAGCGGAGAAAAAGAUUCCGUGUUUACAUGGGUAUACAAUGGGGUUGAAACUAGAGCAGUUCGUCUUUGAUGCAUUUCCAUACGCUGCUUCAACUGCUUUGUUUGAGGUAUUACGAGAGGAAGAGUUUGCACCAGUGAAAAAUGCCAAUGGUUCAAAUUAUGACACUCCAGACAGUGCAAGGCUGCUGCUUCUGCGGCUACACUCGCAUUGGGUAGCUGCUGCCGGUGGCUUCUUGACGCAUUCAGUUCCAUUAUAUGCAACUGGUGUUGAGGUGUCGCCGCAUUGUUCUUACGCGGGAGAAAACCUGGAGUCCAUAUACCGUGGAAAAACAUUUCACGCACCCUGUGAAAUUGCAUUUUAGUUUUUACUUCGUUAUGUAUUU